AAAUGUAAGAUUUUGGAGAAUAAAUGUUGAUGGAUAAAUAUAAAUAUUUAUGUGUGUGUGAUGUGCGUUAGCGUUACACACUCACAACAAAUCCAUUUCAUUUCAUAUGACAAACACAAAGUGUCUUUCUGUGUUACACCUGAACCUGUCAGUUGUAAACUAUAGAUUCGUGACAUUUGUCCCUUUCGUCUUCACAAAGCUUCUUCUUCUUAUUCUUUCUCUGUCUCAUUAUUCAUUUACAGCUUAUAAACAUCAUCACACCACAAACACACUCUUGUUCUUUGUUUCUUUGUUUCUUAUGUUUCUAAAAUCUUUGAUCUGAGUUGUAGUUUCAACUUGGGUCACUCUGUUUUUGUCACUUUCUUUAUCUAUCUCCAUUUGGGACGUAUCAAGUUACAAUUUUUUGUGGUGAUUUCUCUUCAUUACUCAAAAAUCCAUCUGGGUUUCUUCAGAUUCUUAGUGAUCUGUUUGUUUUUAAGACUGUUUCUCUUUUGAGAUAGAAAAAAAAGCUGUUUCUGAAAGUUUCAUUACUAUGGAGUCAGAAAGGGAAGCUGGGGGAAAACCAAUGACAGCAUUGAGUGCUCAAGUAUGCAAGAUAUGUGCUGAAAAUGUCGGCAAGACUUACAAUGGUGAACCAUUCAUUGCAUGCCAUGUUUGUGCUUUUCCUGUUUGUAGGCUAUGCUAUGAGUAUGAAAGGAAGGAGGGGGAUCAGUCUUGUCCUCAGUGUAAAACUCGGUACAAGAGGCAUAAAGGAAGUCCUGCAAUUACUGGCGACAGUGAAGAAGAUGAUGGUUCUAGUGCCUUCAAUUAUGCAGAUCUUGAAGAGCUUGGCCGUCCAAAUUAUGAAAAGGAAGUUUCGCACAACCAUAUUCCACAGCUGUCUAGUGGACAAGAGUUGUCUGGAGAAUUUUCUGCAGCUUCACCUGAGAGGCUCUCAAUGUUAUCUCCUUUAGGUGGUGGGGGGAAGCGCAUCCACAAUCUUCCAUAUUCAUCCGAUGUUAAUCAAUUUCAAAAUGUGAGGGCUGUGGACGCAGGAUUAGGCAAUGUAGCGUGGAAAGAAAGAGUUGAUGGUUGGAAGAUGAAGUCAGAAAAGAGUGUUGCUCCAACAAUGAGCACAGGCCUAACUGCUUCCGAAAGAGGGACUGGAGAUAUGGAUGCAAGAUCUGAUGUGCUUAUUGAUGAUUCCUUGUUGAAUGAUGAAGCUCGGCAACCUCUUUCCAGGAAGGUUUCUAUUCCGUCAUCUAGGAUAAAUCCAUAUCGCAUGGUCAUUGUUCUGCGACUGGUUGUCCUUUGCAUUUUCUUGCAUUAUCGAAUAACAAAUCCAGUGCGCAAUGCACAUGCGUUGUGGUUGGUAUCAGUUAUAUGUGAGAUUUGGUUCGCGAUAUCCUGGAUAUUGGAUCAAUUCCCUAAGUGGCUUCCUGUCAACCGUGAAACGUAUCUCGACAGACUUUCACUGAGAUAUGAUCGGGAAGGAGAACCAUCUCAGCUAGCGGCUGUUGACAUUUUUGUCAGUACCGUCGACCCGUUAAAAGAGCCUCCACUUGUGACUGCAAAUACUGUGCUAUCUAUUCUUGCAGUUGACUACCCUGUGGAUAAAGUCUCCUGCUAUGUCUCUGACGACGGUGCCGCUAUGUUGACAUUUGAAGCUCUUGCUGAGACAUCAGAGUUCGCGAGAAAAUGGGUUCCUUUUACCAAAAAGUAUAGUAUUGAACCCCGUGCACCUGAGUGGUAUUUUGCGCAGAAGAUUGACUACUUGAAGGAUAAGGUUGAAACGUCAUUUGUCAAGGAUCGUAGAGCAAUGAAGAGAGAAUACGAAGAAUUUAAAAUUCGUAUUAAUAGACUUGUUGCUAAGGCAACGAAAGUUCCCGAAGAAGGGUGGGUAAUGCAAGAUGGUACGCCAUGGCCUGGAAAUAACGUCAGAGAUCAUCCAGGAAUGAUUCAGGUUUUCUCAGGCCAAAGUGGAGGACUUGACACUGACGGCAAUGAACUUCCACGUUUAGUCUAUGUUUCUCGUGAAAAGCGUCCAGGUUUCCAACAUCACAAGAAAGCCGGUGCCAUGAAUGCACUUGUUCGAGUAUCCGGCGUCCUUACUAAUGGACCUUUCAUAUUGAAUCUUGAUUGUGAUCACUACAUAAACAACAGCAAGGCAAUAAGGGAAGCUAUGUGCUUUAUGAUGGAUCCUAAUCUUGGUAAACAUGUUUGCUAUGUCCAGUUUCCGCAGAGGUUUGAUGGUAUUGAUAGGAACGAUCGAUAUGCCAAUCGUAAUACUGUUUUCUUCGAUAUAAACUUGAGAGGUUUGGAUGGUAUUCAAGGUCCUGUUUAUGUUGGUACUGGAUGUGUCUUCAAUAGAACGGCUUUAUAUGGUAAUGAACCUCCUCUAAAACCGAAGCAUAAAAAGAAGAGUUCAAAAUUUAGUAAGAAAGCGUCUAGCAGGCAUACUGACUCAACUAUCCCCAUCUACAGUCUAGGGGAUAUGGAAGGUGUAGAAGGUACUGGAUUUUCAGGGACUGGAUUUUCAGGUAGUGGAUUUGAUGAUGAGAAAACACUACUUACGUCACAAAAGAGCCUUGAGAUGCUUCAGAAUAGAUUCGGUCAGUCAAUUGUUUUUGUUGUUUCAACGGAGAUGGAGAAUGGUGGUGUUCCUCAGUCUGCAACUCCAGAAACUCUUCUGAAGGAGGCUAUUCAUGUUAUCAGCUGUGGUUAUGAGGAUAAAUCAGAAUGGGGAACAGAGAUAGGAUGGAUUUAUGGUUCUGUCACGGAAGAUAUUCUUACUGGAUUUAAGAUGCAUGCUCGUGGUUGGCGGUCUAUAUACUGCAUGCCUAAGCGGCCAGCAUUUAAAGGUUCUGCUCCUAUCAAUCUUUCAGAUCGUCUAAACCAAGUGCUUCGAUGGGCUUUAGGUUCAGUUGAAAUUCUUUUUAGCCGACAUUGUCCCAUCUGGUAUGGUUAUGGUGGAAGGCUAAAGUGGCUCGAGAGGUUCGCGUAUAUUAACACCACAAUCUAUCCGGUCACUGCCAUUCCCCUUCUUAUGUAUUGUACCUUGCCAGCUGUCUGUCUUCUUACUAACAAGUUCAUCAUUCCACAGAUUAGUAACCUAGCAAGUAUAUGGUUUAUUUCUCUCUUUCUUUCAAUCUUCGCAACUGGAAUCCUCGAGAUGAGAUGGAGCGGUGUUGGAAUCGACGAGUGGUGGAGAAACGAACAAUUUUGGGUUAUCGGUGGCGUGUCAGCACAUCUUUUUGCUGUAUUCCAAGGUCUACUAAAAGUGCUUGCUGGAAUCGACACAAACUUCACCGUCACCUCAAAAGCCUCAGACGAAGAUGGAGACUCUGCAGAACUCUACAUGUUCAAAUGGACAACCCUUCUCAUUCCGCCAACAACACUUCUGAUAAUUAACUUGGUCGGAGUUGUUGCUGGUAUUUCCUAUGCUAUUAACAGCGGUUAUCAAUCGUGGGGUCCUCUCUUUGGUAAACUUUUCUUUGCAUUUUGGGUUAUAGUUCAUCUUUACCCUUUCCUUAAAGGUCUCAUGGGUCGCCAGAAUCGAACACCGACCAUUGUUGUGGUCUGGUCGAUUCUUCUUGCGUCGAUUUUCUCUCUAUUGUGGGUUCGAGUUGAUCCGUUUACCACAAGAGUCACUGGUCCUAAAGCUGAGGUGUGUGGAAUUAACUGCUAAACCAAAAUUAAAAAUAUAAGGCUAUGGCAUUUUGGAUUGUAAUUAUUUUAGUCGUAGCUUUUAUAUUUUGUUAUGUAAAUUAUUGCAGUUUAUACUUUAGUAGAUAGAUACUAUGAGAACUGAAAUUAAUAAUACAAGGCUAUGAUACAUAUACUAGUA